GGCUAUUUUGGUGAUUGCAAUGCCAUAUGCCAGUUGGAUUUGAUUAUUUCUUCAUUGCAGAUGAAGUGCAAUCUAAAUUUGACAGAUGUUUACGGUUUUUGCAAGAAACAGUGCAAGAUAUUCCUACUUUUGGCAUUGGCCAUUCUUUGGGAUUGGUCAUUCAUCUUUUAAUCGGGUCAAGAUAUGCUGUGCAAAGAAGUGGGAAUAUACUAAUGGCGUUCAACAACAAGGAAGCAAGCUUUGCUAUCCCUUUGUUCUCACCUGUUCUUGUCCCAAUGGCCCAAAGCAUUGGACCAUUGCUAUCACAGAUUGCAUCAUCGCCAACUAUCCGACGUGGGGUAAAACCCUAACUUACCAGCUUUUCUGGCUAAAAAUGCAUGUGAAUAUUACCUUUUGAAGUCUGCUACUUCCGGCUGUGUUCUCUUUUGAUAUUUUCUCCUUCAAAUUAUGAAUUUAUUUACAGUAUCAGUAAUGUAGAUAGAAUCUAGGAACCUGUCCAUAGUUUUGAUUGCCAGCAUAAGUAAUGUUGUAUUAUAUUGGUAUCCCUUGUCUUCUCUAUCAUUAUUUCUGUUUUAUUUUUAGUUUAUUUUCUAUUUUUUGCCCCAAUUCGUGUUGUCUUGUUCUAACAUUUUUCUUUUUUUUGAUAAGUUUGUUUUUACAACCGGGGACAAUCUGGUGUUCUUGCAAACUGGUUCAUCAAGUUCCCACACUAUAGGAAUAGAAGUAGCUAUGUUGGUACUGCAAAUUUAUUACUUCAACUCUUUCAUAUCAAACAUGUUUAACAUAGAUGAAUAUUAAAGUUAUUUUGGGUCUAAAACUAGGCCAUCAUUAUGUACCCAUCUAGUUGAACUUAUGCUUGAGUUCAACAAGAAGUUAAAGUAGUUUAAAUUGAAAGGAAUUGUUGUAUUGACAUAACAACUUUUAAGUUUUCAAGUUCAUAGAUAUGGAAAGAUCUAAAGUCUACC